AUGGUCGAAAGGGAAUCUCGCGAUGAGGAAAUAUGCUUAAGAGGAACUCAGCUUGAUGGGGCACCAAUGCAUGAUUCAUUUUUUAAUAAAGAUGGGUUACUAUUAAGAAGCUACGGAUGGUUAGUAAAAAACGCCAUAGGCAUUAUAAUACUAAUUCAUGGAAUUAAAUGUCAUGCAAGGCUGAACUUUUUAAGACCUAAUGUAGAGGUAAUAAACGACGAUAACGUUAUAGUGAAGGAUGAAAAUAAUUACUACAUUUAUAAAGAUAGCUGGGUAGAAUAUUUUAAUAAACAUGGAUAUUCCGUUUUUGGGUUAGAUUUACAAGGCCAUGGUCUAUCGGAUGGCUUUGAGGGGCUCAGUCAUAAUGUAAGAGAGUUUGACGAUUUCGCCUAUGAUGUAAUGCAGUAUAUUAGGAACAUUCAGCAUAGCUUAAAUAGGUGUAAUGUUCAUGAUGAGGGGUGUAGAUUGCCAUUUCGAGAGGAUAAGGUAUAUGAGACGAGGCAUCUGCCCAUUUACGUAGUCGGUUUUUCUCUCGGGGGGAGUAUUGCUUUAAGGAUGCUACAAAUAUUAGGGAAGUCACAAAUAGAAAAUACAGGACUAAACAUCAGCGGGUGCAUCUCCAUCUCUCCGAUGAUAACUGUGGAGAAGCUACCAUCAAAAAAUUCCUUUUUAUUUCAGCAAGUUUAUCUCCCAAUGUCGAAGUUCAUUGCUGAUUGGUUUCCCACGGUAAGACUUAUUACCAAGUAUCCAUAUAAAAUGUAUCCGUAUGUUAAAUAUUUUAUGGAGUAUGAUAAGAUUCGGUCUAAGGAGGCCAUCACGUGUAGAUUUGGCUAUGAACUUUUAAGAGCAAUCGAGAACUUAGACAAUGACAUAGAAUAUAUACCUGAGGAUAUCCCUGUGUUGAUUAUUCAUUCGAAGAGGGAUAUUUUGUGCUGCUAUAAAGGAUCCCUAUCGUUGUUCAAUAGGCUUCAUGUGAAAAAUAAAGAAAUGCACACAUUAGAGGAUAUGGAACAUAUCGUCGUUUGGGAGCCCGGGAAUGAAAAAGUUUCAGAGAAGAUCAUGGAUUGGAUUAAGAGUCUUGCGUCGUCCGAACUGGGCAACGCGUCUGAGAUGAGCAACACAUCUGAGGGAACGAGCAGGUCAGCGAGAGAGAAGUAUCUGACGUAA